AUGGUCUCGGGCAUGGUGUACGACCCUCUUGACCCUAUCCUCAACCAAGGCCGCCACAGAGCCCGCUGCCUCGCGCGCGACUUCAACGAGAUCGACCACCGCCAUAACACCCUCCAAGAGUCAUUCAUCGAGGCCCCUUUAUUAGUCGAUUACGGCUGCAACGUCAUCUUUAACUCCAAGUCCUUUGCCAACUUCAACCUGACCAUUCUCGACGUCAGUCUCGUCACUAUUGGCAAAUGUGUUCAACUCGGUCCCAAUGUCAGCAUCUACAGCGCAGCCCACAACACGAGCAUUCUUUCCCGAAUGAAGGGCGAGGAAUAUGGUCUGCUGGCGACCAUCGAAGAUGAUUGCUGGAUCGGUGGCGGUACAAUCAUUCUGGCUGGUGUCACCAUAGGAUCAGGCACGACUAUUGGUGCGGGCUCUAUUGUGACAAAGAGCUUGCCGCCUCAUUCGGUGGCGGUGGGCAACCUUGCCAGGGUCACCAAGAAGGUGCGAACACUGGAGAAGGAGAUGGUGAUUUCGAACAAAUGCAUCAAAGAGUAA